UAAGUAUGACUGACAAUGAAGACAAUCAAAAUGUACCAGUCAACAUUCGUUACUCUCGAGGUUUUUCAUUUUUACGUUUACAACUUCCAACAACCAAUGAGUUUAGUGAUUUGAGACGACCACAAAGAUCACGUAGUCAAGGUUUUCUUACUGGGUUGUCAAAUCGUUUACCGUCAUUUUCUAUCACUGGUCCAUUAUAUGAUGAUAGUCCAUUACCACCUAGUGAUAAUACAAACAAAAGAUUCAGCUUUGCACAUUUCAGAAAAAUUUCAUCGGCGAAUUUACACACUAGUGAUUCAAUGGUGUCGUUAUGCUACAGAGCUUUACAUAAUUACAUCUCAGAAAAUAAUUUAGAGGGUCUUCAAGGAUUUCUUGAAAACCGCCGUGUUCUUGUUGAUGAUCGGGAUGAUAACGGAGCUACUGCUUUACAUUAUGCCGCAACUAAAGGAAAAUUACAAUUUCUCAGAGAGCUUAUUAAUCAUGGAUCAGAUGUUAAUAUUGAAGAUAAUGAUAAUUGGACAGCAUUGAUUUGUGCUGCCAAAGAAGGUCAUACCGAUAUAUGUGCUGAAUUAUUAGAUCAUGGAGCUGAUAUUGAACACCGAGAUAUGGGAGGAUGGACGUCACUUAUUUGGUCUAGUUACUGUGGAUACCCUAACUUGGCUAAUUUUCUAUUGGACCGAGGGGCUGACAUAAAUGCUCAUGGAAAUUUUCAUAUUACUGCAUUAGUUUGGGCUGCAGGUAGAGGACAUACAAAGUUGGCAUGUAAUUUAAUAGCACGUGGUGCUAAAGUCAACGUUGGCGACAAGUAUGGAACUUCUGCAUUAGUAUGGGCAUGUAGAAAAGGUGAUGUAGAACUAGUUGAUACAUUGUUAAGAGCUGGAGCUAAUGUUGACACUGCUGGAAUGUAUUCAUGGACUCCAUUAUUAGUAUCUUCGAUGGGAAAUCACACUGAAGUAGUAAACCUACUCCUUGAACGUAAGCCAAAUGUCAAUGCUCUAGACCAAGAUGGAUGUACUGCUUUAACGAUUGCAUGUAAAGAAGGAUAUUACGAUAUUGCUAAUUCUCUUUUAAAUGCUGGAGCUUAUAUAAAUAUACAAGACCGUAGUUCAGAUACUAAUCUUAUACAUGCUGUUAAAGGAGGUCACCGAAAUAUUGUGGAAGCGCUUCUUAAAAAAUAUGCAGAUGUCGAUGUUAUGGGAAAAGAACGGAAAACUGCAUUGUAUAUUGCUGUAGAAAAAGGCAAUACAGCAAUAAUUAAGUUAUUACUUGGUGCAAAUCCUGAUUUAGAAAUUUCUACAAAAGAUGGUGAUACACCUUUGAUGAGAGCUGUUAGAAACCGUAAUGCUGAAGCUGUUCAACUUUUAAUUGAAAAGCGUGCUCGUGUACCAGCUACAGAUAAACGUGGAGAUACAGCUUUACAUAUCGCUAUGAGAGCUAGAGCUAGAGGAAUUGUUGAAAUUUUGCUACGAAAUCCUAAAAACAGCCAGCUAUUAUACAGACCAAAUCGAGCAGGUGAAACACCAUAUAAUAUGGAUGUUAAUGCUCAAAAGCCUAUUCUUAGUCAAAUAUUUGGUUCGAGGCGUCUUAAUACUAAUGAAGAUAAUGAAAACUUAUUGGGAUAUGAUCUUUACAGUAGUGCACUGGCUGAUAUGCUUAGUGAACCUACUUUAUCAAUGCCAAUAACUGUUGGGUUAUAUGCUAAAUGGGGUAGUGGAAAAUCAUUUCUGCUUAAUAAAUUGAGAGAGGAAAUGAAAAAUUUUGCUCAUCAAUGGACAGAUCCAUUUUUUCAAUUCCCAUGGUUAAUAUUGGGUGUGGCACUUCACUUUUGUUUCAUUGCUGGUACUAUGGUUGUAGUCUUGACAUCAUCAUCACUUAUUGCAAUUAUCACAACAUUUAGUUUAUUAGCUGGUAUAUUUUUCUUCCUGAUAAUGGUAUACUAUGGCAGUCAUAGACUUGAUUGGGCUUAUAAUUGUAUCAGCUAUCUAAGCCAAAAAGCAGUUACAACACGAAUAAUUCUACAAAUAAUAUUUUGUCAUCCACCAGGUUCAAGUUGGGGGACAUCAGUUACAGCACAACCUAUUCGAUUUUAUUUUACUGACCAAACUCGAGUAAGUAGUACAACACCUGGAGAAAGUACAAUUAUUCAAAUGAUAGGUUCAUUAUAUGAUUCAAUUGAAAAAGAUUUUGGAUCAAUUUCUACCCGUUUGUACAGAGCUUUUCGUCCAAAACCUGUAAAACUUACUUCACCUUGGAAAUGGCGCAAAUUAUGUUGCAUGCCAAAUAUAAUACUAUUUGAAUUAUCAUUUCUAUGCGUCUUAUUAGUAACACUAAUUAUUGCUAUGAACAAUGGUACAUUAACUUUUAUAAAUGAUUUUUCAAUUGACAAAGCUAUUGGAAAUGUUAUACUAUUUUGUUGUGGGAUGUUCAUUUUAUUACUAUUGAUAGGAAAUUUAUAUACAUUCAGUCAAUUACUACAAUCAUUAGUAUUCUCACAACGUAAACAAUUAAGGAGAGCUACAUCAAGAUUAGAUACGUUAAAGUCUGAAGGAUUUAUUCAAGCAUUACGGACUGAAGUUAAUUUAAUGACAGAAAUGGUGCGUUGUUUAGAUGCAUUUACUCAACAACAAACUAGAUUGGUAAUAAUUAUCGAUGGUCUAGAUUCCUGUGAACAGGACAAAAUAUUAUUACUUUUAGAUGCUGUACGGAUGUUAUUUUCUGAACAAAAUACCCCUUUUAUAGUGGUCUUAGCUAUUGACCCACAUGCAAUUUCUCAGGUAAUUGAAUUAAAUAGUCGACGGUUAUUAAAUGACAUGAAUUUUUCUGGACAUGAUUAUCUUAAAAAUAUGGUUCAUUUGCCAUUUUUUCUUCAAAAUUCUGGUUUACGCAAAGUAAAAUUAGCUCAAAAAUCAUCUCAAUCACAUCGUAAAAGUGUUACUAACCAAAUGGAUGAAUGUGGAUUGGUACAUUCAGCUUCAACACGGCGAUUAUCUAAUGAGUCUACUACUUUAAAACCUACAAUGGGCUCUUCUGGAGGCCUUAGUCGAAGCAAGGGUAACAUAAAUUCUACCAGGAAUAAAUUAAAAUCUAGUGAAAGUAUUGCAAGUAGCAUAGCUAGCAACAUUCAUAGAUUAGGUGGUCCACAAGAUCUUUCUAAAAUUUUGUUGACUGAUGACUAUUUUAGUGAUGUGAAUCCUAGAAGUAUGAGACGUUUAAUGAAUAUUGUUUAUAUUACAGGUCGUUUAUUGAAAGCAUUUCAAUUAGAAUUUAAUUGGUAUCAUUUAGCUAGUUGGAUAAAUAUUACAGAACAAUGGCCUUAUAGAAUAUCUUGGAUGAUUAUUUUUCACGAUACUAAUGAGGAUACUAUUGAUGAUUCGAUGUCAUUAAAAACUUUAUAUGAAAAAGUACGUCGUCAAAUACAACUUUCUAAAGACAUUGAUCCAUUAAUGGAGAUGGACAAAGAUGAGAAAAAAUUUGAAAUAUUUCUUUCUUUUCAUCGAACAACAUUACUUGUUAGUGAUUUAAGAAUUUUCUUACCAUUUACUAUCAAUCUGGAUCCAUAUUUGAGAAAAGUUAUUAAAGAUGAAAUGCAAAACUUUGAAGAUUCCACUGUUUUUAGACCAACAAUAACACAAAAUGAAUUACAAACACGGAGAGUGCAAAAUCAACUUAUGAGAAGACAGAAAAUGGGAGCUAAACUAUCACUACAGCAUGAAACCUUACCAACGACAUUGAUGCUAAAUGAACCACAAUCUACUGUAUUAUGGAAUCAACAAGUUCAAAAUCGAUGGCAUACACCUUAUGAUGAAUUACCGAAUCAACUUCAAAAUUUUUCUAUUUCAUCAUUAUCUGAUGAAUUUAACAAUAUUAAACUAUCAUCAUCAAGUGUAGAUGAAAUUUGUAAGUUGUUAACAAGAAUUAGAGAUUUACAAGAGUCAAACAUUCCAAAAUACACACAAAUAAUUAAAGAUAACAAUCUUACUGGUUGUGUACUGCUACACUGCAAUUUGAAUGAACUUAAAAAUGUAUUAAAAAUGAACUUUGGAGAUUGGGAACUUUUCCGUAUAGUUUUAUUAGCAUUGCGGGACAAAGAGUACUUAAUAAAUAAUGAAACCAACAGUAAUAUUAAUUUUAAACACACAAGAUCGGGUAGCUCUAAAAACCAAUCUCAUGAAAGAAGAGGAUCUUCUAAUAAUAGUAAUAAUGUACAAGGAACUUUAAACGAUAAAGAUCAGAAAGGGUCAAAAAUAUCAUCAGUUGAAAAACAAGUAACAUUAGAAGAACAAAUGAUUUGUGGUGCAUUACAAACUCUGAAUGAAGAAGCAUGUGAAGAUGUCCUGGAAGAAUCUGAAGAACAAGGUACCAUAGCAGCAGCUACUUAUUUGCAAGUACCACAGCAACCUAUCGACAUAAUUACAGAUUUUGAGCAGUGCAAUGAAGGUGAUGGAUCUGUAUGUAGUACAACUUCAAGUAACGAUAAUGGAGGAGAUGUUGAUGCAUUUUUGCUUCAGAAUUCACCUCAUCAUAGUAUUGUUCAAUAUCCAGCAUUUCAAUAUGAAGGAAAUAAUUCUAUUUCAGCAAAUUCAUUAAACAAUACUCCAAUUGCUUCUAGAAAAAAUCUUAUUGAUUAUAAAACAUGUAUUGUAACUACAACUACUGAAAAAGCUGGAAAACCGUUUUUGCUUAAAUCCAUUAAAAGACCAGCAUCAUUAGUAAUGAACAGGCUUGAUGAUGCAGACACAAUACCAGAAACAAAAAAUUCUGUACAAGCUAGUGGAAUUGUAAAACAAGGUAUCGCAGGCUCAGUCGGUAUGUUAAGUUGUUUAGUAGCGAGUACAAGUUGGGUGCAACAACCCCCUGCAGUUACUAUAUCGCCAGUUUGCAGCAAUGAAAAAUUACCAACAAGUCCGCCACAAGAUACAAAUCAUUCUUCAGCUAUGUGUGCAACUGCAAGCAGUGAUGAUGAAAGCACUCCUUUAGUGUCGGACAUGUCUUCACCACAAUCUGACCACUUGCAAUCAAAUACUGACCGAUCAGACAAAGUAUAUACAUUUAAUGGCAUGUACUAUAAAGAAAACUCUCAACAUUCUUUGACCUCUCAAUUAUCUUCAAAAAGUACCGAAUCUUUGCAAUUGAGAUCAGAAGGUGGAGGUUGUUCAUUUGAUGAAGACAUAGAUCUUCUUCAUGGAAUUAAUAGCAUUCAAUCUAGAUCUAGAAGAGUAUCAUUUGACAGUGAUAUCAGUAUUUUAGGCCAUCCAUAUGACUGGAACGAUCCUGAAACUAUGGUGUAAACACUAUAAUAUGAUUGUAUUACAAAUAUAUUAAUCCUUUUUGACUUUAUAUUAUAAUACAUAUUUCAUUUUAAGCUCAUUUGCAUUCUAAUUUAAAUUAACUUUUUUUUUAAUAUUAAUUGAUUUAUAUUUAAAUUUAUAGUGUUCAUGUUUUCCAAUGCCUAACUUAAAGAUUUUUAUUUACAUAUUACACAAAUUAUAUUCAUAUUAAACAACUUUAAAAUUUUUAUUUCAGUACGGUAUAAGUAAAAUUCAUAUCACACUUCCAAAAACAUUAAAUUACUUUGAUUGUAUAUUUUAUUAUUUUAUUCAACUAUACUCUUA